AUGCUGUGAUCUGAGUCCAUACAUUACAUUCUCAAAACAUAGCUAUAUAUAAUUAGCAAUCAAAAUAAAAAAAGAAAGUGGGAAAUAAUAUGGCAUUGACCAGAAACUCCGUCGUCGUCUUCAAUCUUCGUAAAACCUUCUUCCCCAGUCCCUCCUCCAUCUUUAUCUGCCGCCAUGUCUGGAAGGGAGGAGAUGUUGUGACGGAAGACAAUAAAAGCAAGGGCGAAACCCUAACGGGGGGAGACGGAAGGUAUAGUGAAAUAAUGGGUGAGAAGAGGAAGAAGGAGACGAAGGAGAAAGCAACGGAGACGGCGCAGGAGGCGUGGCGGGCCAUCGAGGAGGCUGCCGGGGAGAUGAAGCAGAGAGUGGUUGCUAAUAUGGAUUCGAGUAAGGAGACUGAUAUUCGAGACGAAAUGGCUCUUCAUAAACAAGAAGAAGAAGAAGAACAAGAAGAGCCGCCAUGGUAGCUAGAAAGAAGAGAAUUAUUUGAGGUAUUAUUAGCAAACCCAUUUUCACCACC